CCCUCGUUCCCCCGCCUUGCACGUGUCCGCGCGACUUAAGUCCGUGUUGGGGCGAACUGCUGUCUGCUGGACGCGCGGGAGCAGAGAGGCAUCAGUGUGGUGGGGACGACGCACCAUCGUGACCAGUCAGGACCGAGCAGUACACAGCAAAAUGGCAGAAAGGAUCCUGAUCGUUGGAAGUGGAGGUCGGGAACAUGCUCUCGCCUGGAAGCUCUCUCAGUCGCCCCACGUACAGCAGGUCCUCGUGGCGCCUGGUAAUGCUGGCACUGCAGGUGGCGAUACAGUUUCCAACUCUGCUGUGUCUGUGAGUAACCACUCCAUCCUGGUGCAAUACUGCAAAGAUCACAACAUCGGCCUGGUGGUGGUGGGACCAGAAGCCCCUUUGGCUGCAGGGAUUGUUGAUGACCUCACGGCAGCAGGCAUUCGCUGUUUUGGGCCCACUGCAAAAGCCGCCCAGUUAGAAGCCAGCAAGGCCUUUUCCAAGGCAUUUAUGGAUAGGCAUGGCAUUCCCACAGCUCGCUGGAAGUCUUUCACAAGCGCACAGGAAGCCUGCAGCUUCAUAGAAAGUGCAGAUUUCCCUGCUCUUGUGGUGAAAGCGAGCGGCCUUGCAGCCGGGAAAGGUGUCAUUGUAGCCGGAACUAAGGAAGAGGCAUGUAAAGCUGUGCGCGACAUCUUGCAGGACAAAGUGUUUGGGUCUGCUGGAGAAACCGUGGUAGUGGAAGAACUUCUGGAAGGAGAGGAAGUAUCGUGCUUGUGUUUUAGUGAUGGCUACACAGUGGCCCCAAUGCCCCCAGCUCAAGACCACAAAAGACUUCUGGAUGGAGACAAAGGCCCCAACACUGGUGGAAUGGGAGCUUACUGUCCAACUCCACAGGUGCCACAAGAUUUACUUCUGCAGAUUAAAGAGACGGUUCUGCAAAAAACUGUGGAUGGAAUGAGGCAAGAAGGAAAUCCAUAUAUUGGUGUUCUGUAUGCUGGUCUUAUGCUAACCAAAGACGGUCCCAGAGUACUAGAGUACAACUGCAGAUUUGGAGACCCGGAAUGCCAGGUACUGCUUCCUCUGCUGAAAAGUGAUCUGUAUCAGGUCAUCUUGGAUACUCUUCAGGGUGCGUUGUCCACUAACGUCCCUAUCUGGCUUGAGAACAGGGCAGCGGUUACCGUAAUAGUGGCAAGUGAAGGCUACCCUGGUGAAUACAAGAAGGGUCUGGAGAUCACAGGUCUGUCGCAGGCCAAGGACCUGGGUUUGGAAGUGUUUCAUGCCGGAACUCUCCUAAAGGACGGCAAGGUGCUGAGCAAUGGUGGCCGGGUCCUCGCCGUCACCAGCAUCGCAGAGGAUUUGGUUUCCGCGCUGGACGCUGCCAACAAGGGGGUUUCUGCCAUCAAGUUGCCCGGAGCAGUUUACCGCAAAGACAUUGGAUACAGGGCCAUUGCGUUCUUGAAUCAGACAAGAGGACUGACUUACAAAGACAGUGGAGUGGACAUUGCAGCUGGGAACACGUUAGUUGAGCGAAUUAAACCUCUGGCUGCUUCCACCGCUCGGAAAGGGUGCAAUGCAGAACUCGGUGGCUUUGCUGGACUCUUUGACCUGAAGGCAGCCGGCUUUGUUGACCCAGUCCUUGUAUCUGGGACUGAUGGAGUCGGGACGAAGCUCAAGAUUGCUCAAGCCUGUAACAAGCACGAUACUCUGGGCCAGGACUUGGUAGCCAUGUGUGUGAAUGACAUUCUGGCUCAAGGCGCCGAGCCGCUCUUCUUCCUUGACUACUACUCCUGUGGGCAGCUUGAUGUCAGAGUGGCCUCCUCGGUCAUUGCAGGAAUUGCCGCUGCUUGUAAAGAAGCUGGCUGUGCUCUCCUGGGAGGUGAAACCGCAGAAAUGCCAGGAAUGUAUGCCCCAGGAGAAUAUGAUCUCGCUGGAUUUGCAGUUGGCGCAGUAGAGAGAGAUUGUAUGCUGCCUCGACUUGACCAGAUGUGUGCUGGGGACCAAGUUAUUGGCAUCUCGUCUUCUGGUAUUCACAGCAAUGGUUUCAGCCUGGUACGGAAGAUCUUGGAAAAGGCCGGCCUUGAGUGCUCUUCUCCAGCACCGUUUGGGCCUGAAGGACAGACCGUAGGUGAAGUGCUAUUGACGCCCACUAAGAUCUACAGCAAGCUUCUGCAUCCCAUCCUGCGGAGUGGAAAGGUUAAAGCAUACGCUCAUAUCACAGGUGGUGGCCUUCUCGAAAAUAUUCCCAGAGUCCUCCCAAAACAUCUAGCUGUGGACUUAGACACGGCACUUUGGAAGAUUCCAGAAGUGUUUUCUUGGCUGCAACGGGAAGGCCAACUUUCAGAAGAAGAGAUGGCCCGCACAUUCAACUGUGGAGUAGGAGCAGUGCUCGUGGUGGGACGUGAUGAAGCUGAAGGAGUUCUUCAGGAUGUCAGGACUCGGGAGGAAGCAUGGAUCAUAGGGACAGUGGUCCCAGUCUCACCAGGCGCUGAGAGAGUGAUGAUCCGCAAUCUGUUCUCCUCUCUGCGGUCCGUUCCAAAGGAGAAAGCACCCCAGGAUGACUCUGGAGAAGUGGCAGCUGCGGCAAAGACCAAGGCCAGGGUGGCUGUUCUCAUCUCUGGAACUGGAACCAACAUGCAGGCCCUUAUUGAGCAAGCAAAGAAGCCGUCUAGCUCUGCUGAUAUCGUACUGGUCAUUUCCAACAGGCCUGGAGUUGAGGGAUUAAGGAAGGCAACACGAGCAGGAAUCCAAACCAGGGUAGUCGACCACAAACUCUUUGGAAGCCGCUCAGAGUUCGACAGCACCAUUGACCGAGUCCUUGAAGAAUUCAACAUCAGUUUCGUCUGCCUUGCUGGCUUCAUGAGGAUCCUUACUGGCACCUUUGUCAAGAAGUGGAAUGGAAGGAUUCUGAACAUUCACCCCUCCCUGCUGCCAUCGUUUAAGGGGGUCCACGCACACCGCCAGGUCCUGCAGGCCGGAGUCCGAGUAACUGGCUGUACAGUCCAUUUUGUCGCCGAAGAGGUGGAUGCAGGGGCCAUCAUUGUGCAAGACGCCGUGCCGGUGCUGGUAGGUGACACAGAAGACAGCUUGUCAGAGCGGGUCAAAGAAGCAGAACACCGGGCCUUCCCUGCGGCUUUGGAGCUGGUGGCCAGCGGGGCGGUGAGGCUGGGUGAGAACAACAAGAUCUGCUGGAACAUCUAAGGGGCGCAACACCUGUGACACUUCAGCAGCCAAGCUUACCGGCCUUACUGCAGAUGGGACAAGGUGACCACCAAUGGACCUGACUGAGGUCCUUGGCCAGGUUUUUAGUCAAAUGUUAAUGGACGUUGGUGCUCUCUCAUCACUGGUAACAUUCCAUUCGUACCCGUUUGUGCCUUUUGAUUUAUUUGGGGUCUGAAUUUUUCGACUGUUCCUUAACUGACGGUUAGCAUUUCCUCCUGCAUGGCCCGGUGGUGGUGUUAUUUGUAAUUUGCAGUCGUCGUUGUUCAUCUGUCUUAUACACGCAGAAGUCAGUUCUGGACAUUUGGGCGCCUCCUGAAAACUGACAUUCGGUCUCCAUUGUUUUGUGGCACGCGGAUGUUGUUUCUCAUUUGUCAUCAUUAAAACUGAAGGUCAUUCCGUC